AUGGCUUUGCGGCGCGCCAAUGCCAUGGACAUUGACCUCCCCAGUGAGGGUGAAUCUGUGGUUAGUCUACCCUCCCAAGACGACUCUGGGAGUGAUGCUGAGGUAGAAACGUCUUGGAUUUGCAGUUGCAAGACUGCGUGCGUCAAGCCCGGCAGUGAUUUGCUGAACUUUUGCAAAGUCACACGCGAAAGCUUGCAGAAGCUUGACCGGGAGCUGCACCGGAAAAGGGUUUGGCUCAUGUUGCGUGAGCUGCGUGUCUACAAGAAGGUGGAGCGCGGGUACCAGCUGAUGGACACACCUGUGUGCCGGAGGAUCUUUCAGAAGGCUUGCUGCGUGGGGCAUACCACAGUGAAGCAGUUCCUCAAAACUGUUCACCUUGAUGGUCCUCCGCCUGAUGCCAGGAAACGUGGGCUCCAUUGCCACGCCAACCUGACAAAGAUGACACCCGAGCAGCAAGAUGUCUCCAAGUUUUUCUACCACGCCUGGUCCAACUACGCCAUGCACAUCCCCACUGAGCUCGGAGCAGAUUCGGAGACUCCUCGUGCUGUGCAAAUUUGUGUUGAGGAAGAGCUGGAGGAUUGCGAGGAGGACAGUCAGAAGACUUUGCGCCUCGAUGAUGUGAAGGCAGAAGACCUUGGUCCAGAUUCCGCUUUGACAGUGGAUGGCAAGCGCUACUUGCCGCAUAUGUCUUGGCAGGAAUUCUAUGAGAUGUAUGCAAAUUGGAGUGAGAAGCCCUGCCAUCGCACCAGCUUCAAGCGCUACUAUGAUGAGUCUGAGUGGAAGACCAAGCUCAAGAUAGCUGAUUCCCAACACCAUGGGAAAUGCACGACAUGCGAGAAGUUGAAGAUGAUGAGAAGCAAGGCUGUCUGUGAGACCCAGGCAAAACAAAUCUCCGAGGCACACAGCCAGCAUGUUGCGAGUGUCAUGGACGAUCGACAAGCCGAUACCAUCGCAGAACAGAUGGGUUGGAACUCCACGGUCCCCGGCGCCAAGGGCUAUGUGUAUGAAAGGAGCCUGCUGAAUUGGACACAGGACGGAAUGGAUCAGGCGAAGUUCAAAGUUCCGAGGAACUUUGAAAUGGCCAAGACGCUGCAGGACAGCUGGCGACCUCAGAUAUCAUGCCAUGGCGUGACAGUCGAUGGCGUUGGCAAGUUCUUGUUUCUUGCAGAUAUGGAUGUUGGUAAGGGUGGAGAUGUUCAAACCACGGUCACGGCCAGAGCCUUGGAAGUUGUGAGUGAGCGCCUUCGUGAACGUGGAUUGUCGAUGCCGGCGCACUGGAGAUGCGUCAGUGACAACGCCAGCUCCGAAUCCAAGAACAACACCCUGGUCAAGUUCAUGGCAGUGCAAGUUGCUUUGGGGCAUGUCAACUCUGUGACCAUGGCUCAGGGCCGGGUUGGCCACACGCAUAACCGGCAAGAUGCUGCCUUUUCGCAGGUGGCUGUUUCCUUGAAUAGAGCCAAAGUCUUGGAGGAUCCUGAAUCCUUUCGGCACCAGAUUCUGCAGACCUUGCCUGGUUACCACGUUGAGCUCUUGCAUGGGGCAGAAAACUUUCGAGCGUGGCUGCAUCCUCUGGGUGCGAAAAUGAGUGGCCUCAAUCAAACCGCUGCAGCCACCAAGAACAACAUGGAAGCCAUUCAUUGCUGGAAGCUGGUUCGCCGAGACAUGUUGCCGAAGGAUUGGCAGGAACAAAUUGAAACGCCAGACUGGCUGAAGCAUUUGGAUCCGCAUGGCAGAGAUGUCAUUCUUCUUCCAAAGCUGUACAUGGCAAGCCGAUCCUUGAGCCAAAGCCCGUUGAUGUUCAUCGCGUUUGAGCAUGUCCAGAAGUUGCCACCGAGGCCUCAAAGUGACCCCGUUCCAAGGGUGCCAUUCUCCAUCCGGCAAAGCCAAGAAUUUCUCAAGACCGCAGCGCUGAUGAAGGAAUGGGGCUACCAGUGUGCAUGUGAAUAUUUGCAGACCUUGGUCGAAAACAACAAGGCAAAGAAAUCUCUGUCAUGGAAGUGCCCGGACAUUCAGUUCGUGUUUGCAGGCAUGGAUACGGCUGCGAAGCCUGGGCCUGACGUUGAUUUGGAUGACCAACUGUCAUUUGCCUUUGUUUUCACACAGCCCUUGGGUCUGAAGGUAUUGAAAGAUGCUGGGCAGUUGCAGCCUCGUCGAAUCGAUGAAUCCUCUGCUGUCCAAGGAGCGCCGCAGGGCCAUGCUGUGUUGGAAAAAGGAGCUCCUCCAGGACAGCACGUUGCUGCCGCCCCAGCUGCGCCUGUAGCCGUGCCGGUUCAGCCCAAAGCAAAGGCAACAGCCAAGGCAUCGCCUAAAGGACGAGGGCGCGGCCGAGGUAUGCGGCGGCCUGCUGCUGCUUCGGAAGCUAUUGGAUCAGCUGGUCAACCUGAUGAGGCACAACCAUCUGCUGCAGUGCCUGGUGUCGUCGUUGGUGGCAAGCGCCGCCGGAUCUCUGUUCCUGAAGGUGUAGCGCUGGGAUGUGGAAAGUGUAAGCAGGACGCAUUUGGCUGUACCACCUGCCGUCCAAAGGCAGGCCUGGUCGAAACCAGCAAAGGCGUUUGGGUCAAGAAGGAUGUGGAUGCGGUCAUGCAAAUCAUCCACUCGGAUGACCAAGUUGACAUCUCCGAAGUCUUUAGUCGCCCGCGGCUUGUCCCGCGGUGUGCUGCUUUCCAUUUGAUCGGAGGUCAAUCCUUUGAUUGGAAAGAUGAUUCAGAGAUGGAUCUGGCUGGUGUGAAUGGCAGGGCGACAGUCUGGGCUCAUGUCAACCUGUAUGAGCCUAAGGUGUUGAUGCUCUCGCCUCCCUGCACAUUGUACAGCCAGUUGAUGCAAUUGUGGGGCAGGAAAUCGAUGGGGGAGACAAGGUAUCAAAGCAGGCGGCUUGAAGCUGGCCGACUUUUGUCCUUCAGCGCCGAGCUUGCCAAUCACCAAAGGCAACAUGACCGGCACUUCAUUCUGGAACAUCCAGAUGGCGCCAGUUCCUGGGAAGAAGAUUGUCUGGCUGCACUUAGCACCCAGCCGCAAUUGGUGUACAGAUUGUGGACUGAGGGUUUCAUUGACGCCUUCCUUAAGAAGAGCUCCUUUUUGCAGGAUGCCUUUGAGCUUCUUUUGUAA